AUGGCGACAGUGACAAUGGUGUCGACAAUAAUGGUGAUGGCGACAGUGGCGAUGGCGACAAUGGCGACGACGACAACGGCGACAGCAACAACGACGACAACGGCGACAACGACAACGAUGACGGCAACAAUGGCGAUGGUGACAAUGGUGUCGAUGUCAAAUGGCGACGACGAGAACGGCAAUGACGACAACGGCAAUGACGACAAUGGUGACGACGACAAUGGCGAUGAUGACAAUGGUGACGGCGACAAUGGCAACAGCGACAGUGGCUACGGCAACAAUGGCGAUGGUGACAAUGGCGACGAUGACAACUGCGACGAUGACAACGGCGACGAUGACAAUGACAAUGAUUCAUUAGAGGACAGCACCAUCCACGUCGCUGACACCUUCCUCU